AACCCCGAGACCCUUGAUCGGGGCGGCCGGCAGCCCGAAUAAACAGCGCCGCCUUGUCGCCCCUUUCCCCGAAAGCGUGCUUCUAUCGCGACCCAAGGUGAUUAAAAAAUCGGCACAACCCUAUAUGGGUUAGAGAUAACGCUAUCCCGACCACCGUUUUAUCCUGCAUCACGAUAAGCUAAUCGCAAAAUGGCACGAACGCCGAGGUUCGGGAACGAGGUGGCUAUUGCCGGGAAACGUCCAGAGGUGCUCCAGAAGCACGGGCAACGACGGCGCAGUCCAACUAAAGCUCCCAGAGGUUUCUGGAGCACGGGGUUCCUGCGAUGUCCGGUCACCGGAAAAGCCUAGUCAGCUUCAGCGAUGCCUUCGCCUCGAUGGCAUCGGUGGCGUCCGUGGGCGCCUUCCACCGACAAGGCCCGGGAGGCAGCUUCAUCCAGGAAAGCUUCCACAGUUCUACCGACUAUCCGACCUACAUCGCCUGGCAAACGCUGUCAAGCGACCUGUCGGAACGAAUCCGGCAGGGCUCCGUGCGGCUCAGCAGGACCAACACCCUCGAGUACGCUCCCAUCUCCGAAGAAGUGGGCGAGAAGACCACCUUGCUCAAUGGCCUUCGGGACGAGAAGCUAGAAUCCCUCACCUCUCCCGCAGUUCAGCAAGGUAUCGCCUGGACUGUAGCUACGUUCCUGCUCGUCAACUCUGCACUUGGAGCUGGUGUGCUCAACUUUCCCGCUGCGUACGACCGAGCUGGAGGCAUCGUGUCCGCCACCAUCUUGCAGAUUGUGAUGAUGUGCCUGAUCGUGAUUACCAUGCUUGUCCUGGGCUACUGUUCCGACCUGAACAACGACAACACGUACCACGAUGUCCUGAUGACCACCUGUGGCAAGCGGGCUCAGCAGCUGGCCGCCGUGUCAAUCCUACUUUCGUGCUAUGGCAUCUGCAUCACAUUCCUCAUCAUCAUUGGCGACCAGUACGACCGACUGUUCGCCUCCCAGUUCGGCCCUCUCUUCUGCCACGAGUGGUACAUGAACAGGCAAUUCACAAUUCUGGCCACCGCAGUCGUGUGCAUCAUGCCUCUCUGCUACUUCCAGAGGCUGGACUUCCUCAAGUAUGCCAGUUCCCUCGGAAUUUUCGUCAUGCUGUAUCCAAUAUUCUUGACGAUAUUCGUCUUUGCCACUGAAGAUCUGGAGGAAGUCACGAUGAAGACCAGACCGUCAAGUUUGACCGACAUCGUUGUCACUCUCCCCGUGAUUUGUUUUGCGUAUCAGGCCCACGAGGUGAUCAUCCCGAUCUACUCAAACCUGCGCGAACGAACGCUGGCCAAUUUGGCCAAGACCACCACAGCUUGCACGAUUUUCCUCUUCGUCAUCUACGGGCUCAUGGGCACGUUCGGCUACAUGGCCUAUGGCUCGACCGUCAAGCCCGACAUAAUGCAGAUGUUUGACGCCUCGAAUCCCUGGGUGCUCUUCGGCAUCGCAGCGCUCAUUGUCAAGAUGACUACGACCUAUCCGCUGCUCGCCUCCUGCGGCAGAGGUGCCUUCGACGGCCUGUAUGCUGAGCUGCUCAAACUUCCGGCCAAGGAGUUCAUCGAAGGAGAGCCUCGUCGGCGUAUCAUCAUCACAACGGGCUGGUUUGUCACCUCCACCGCUUUAGCCACCUUCACCUCAAACAUCGGCGUCGUCAUCGAGCUGUUAGGAUGCUUGGCCGCCGCCAACAUCUUUAUUUUUCCAGGCCUGUGCCUCGUGGGGAUGUUCCACAAGCAACACGAGUUUCUAUUAAAGCGACCAAUGCUCGUGUUCGCUUCCGGGAGCUUCAUGAUAGUCUUCGGGACGUUCCUCUUCGGCGUCGUCCUCCUGGAGACCAUAAUGAACGACAUCACGACCGGAGGAACGCACCACCUGCUCUGCACGUGACCUGGCCUCCCCUUCUCCACUGGCUGUUCCCCCUGGCUUCCAGAUUCCCACGGCGCCAGCGAAUUCCUCGCGCCCACCAGUUACCCCUUCUCGAAACUUGGGACCUUUAGUCACAUUUGUGUACCGUGUGCCUGCGCCCAUGUGUGUGUUGGGGACUUUAUUUAAAUGUUGUACAUUAAACUUUUACCUUACCUUAC